UUUGUUUCAAAACCACAAAACAGGCCGCCUGCAGGCACAUACUACAGGAAAGAAGACCAAGCUGAUGCAUUUAUUUUGAAUCUACUUGGCUCUUACACAAAUCACUGACUGCAACAGCUAUUGCAUAUCAUACUGCCAGACACAUCCGCGCCUUCCUUAUUUCCGCUUUUUCACACGUAGAAACUACAAUGGCAGUCUAAAAGGCUUAUACAUUUUUUAACAAAUAAUUACUUCCUUAUACUCAACGAGUCACAGGGCCUAGCCCCUUGUGUGUCAGUCAAACCACAACGCGCUGGUUCUUGUGUAUUGUCUGACUUUGCUCCACCUGUUUCACGUGGAUGUAGGUAGUUCAAAAAUGGAGGCUAUGUGAUUUUUUUUUCUCCUCUUGUAGAUGUCUCUCAGCAGCCCCAUCGCUCAUCCCCCCCAGUACCUUAAAGAGAAAGCACGCAGUGCAUCUGUUCCUCUGUCAUUGACGUCAGAGGGUGGGCACCUGACCGAGUAACGACCAACCAGAUGCUCGUCGAGCUUCUGCAAUCUUUCAUCAACUGGCUUCUUCCUCCACCACAAAACACCCAUUUAGAAACCAAGCACAAAGACGGAUUUUGAAAGCCUGUCUUUUGUCAUUUUAGAAAAUAUCACUAAGUAUCACUUCAUGUUCUCUCGUCGGGUUAGUUGUGCUUUUUAAUACUUUUUCGGUGGAAACAGUGGAUUCGGCAUGGUGAAUAUUUUGGAAACACUGGAGAAAACCUACUAAGAGGAUACUACUGUAUAUAUUUGUUAAGGGGCUGAAUUCGGAGCUGUCAUAUUUUUAAAGCCCUUUUAUGGUAUUUAGCCUUACGACUGGUCAUUUUCUUUUAAUUGGGUUUACUGUGGAAAAGCUGCUAUGGAUUUAAAUAGCAGCUGUGGGGGUGGGAGCAGUGACCACAAGCAACUGGAGGAAAGCAAGCCAUUACUGGCUGAAAUGUCUGCUUCUGAGGGGAAUAAAAUGGGGCCUGCGUCUUGUAGGAGGACCUUGCAACACUGCAAUGGGAUGAGGUAUAAAUUACUGCAGGAAGGGGAUAUCCAGGUUUGUGUCAUCAGGCACCCCAGGACCUUUCUGAGCAAGAUCCUUAGCUCCAAAUUCUUGAGGAGGUGGGAGCCACACCAUCUGACCCUUACGGAUAAUAGUCUGGCAUCUGCUACCCCAACUGGGUAUAUGGAGACGCCAAUUUCAUACAGUGCUAUUGAAGAUGUUCAGCCGUUGUCCUGGGAAAAUGCACCCAAAUACUGUUUACAGCUUACAAUUCCAGGUGGCACAAUUUUACUGCAGGCUGCUAACAGUUAUCUGAGGGAUCAAUGGUUUCACUCUUUACAGUGGAAGAAAAAGAUUUACAAAUAUAAGAAAGUGCUCAGUAAUCCAGGUCGCUGGGAGGUAAUCCUGAAAGAGAUUCGUACACUGGUGGACAUGGCAUUAACCUCUCCACUGCAAGAUGAUUCCAUCCAUCAGGCACCUCUAGAAAUUGUCUCAAAGCUCCUUUCUGAGAACACGAAUUUAGCAACUCAGGAACAUGAAAACAUUAUUGUGGCAAUCGCACCAUUGCUGGAAAACAAUCACCCUCCUCCUGAUCUCUGUGAAUUCUUUUGCAAGCAUUGCAGAGAACGCCCACGUUCUAUGGUUGUAAUAGAAGUGUUCACACCUGUGGUGCAAAGAAUCCUCAAACAUAACAUGGAUUUUGGAAAAUGUCCCCGGUUAAGACUUUUUACUCAGGAGUACAUUUUGGCACUGAAUGAACUGAAUGCGGGAAUGGAAGUGGUGAAGAAGUUUAUUCACAGUAUGCAUGGCCCAACUGGACAGUGCCCUCAUCCAAGAGUUCUACCAAAUCUUGUAGCUGUAUGCCUAGCUGCUAUUUAUUCCUGCUAUGAAGAAUAUAUCAACAGUAGAGACAAUUCACCAAGCCUGAAAGAAAUUCGUAAUGGUUGCCAACAGCAGUGUGAUAGAAAGCCAAACCUACCACUUCGGCUUCUGCACACAAGUCCAGACCUGAUGUCUCAAGAGACCCCAUCAGUGGAGCCAAGGAUCAUUUCUCUUAUAGUCAACUCUAGUGAGAUUCAUGUAGAAGUUGAACGCAACAAUUCAGCCAAUCAGAAACUGAAAGCAACCACUGGCAAUGAUAGUGAACCUAAUCUGAUUGACUGUCUAUUGGUCAGCCCCACAUGCAGCACUAUGAACAUUGAACUGAGCCCCCAAGCUGAAAGGGUGUUGGGCUGCUUUGUGGAAAUUCUCAAAAUGCUCUCAGAUUAUGAUGACUGGAGACCAGCGUUGGCCAGCCUUCUCCAACCUAUUCCAUUCCCAAAAGAGGAAUUGAAAUACGUCAUUCAGAGGUUUGCAGAAGAUCCAAGGCAAGAGGUCCAUUCCUGUCUGUUAAGUGUACGUGCUGGGAAGGAUGGCUGGUUUCAGCUUUACAGUCCUGGUGGAGUCGCUUGUGAUGAUGAUGGGGAACUGUUUGCCAGCAUGGUUCACAUCUUAAUGGGAUCUUGUUAUAAAACAAAGAAAUUCUUGCUUUCUUUGGCUGAAAACAAGCUGGGGCCUUGUAUGCUACUUGCACUGAGAGGUAACCAGACUAUGAUAGAGAUCUUGUGUUUGAUGCUGGAAUACAACAUCAUAGAAAACAAUGACACACAGCUUCAAAUCAUCUCUACCUUGGAGAGCACAGAUGUGGGAAAACGAAUGUAUGAACAACUAUGUGAUAGACAGAGAGAGCUGAAAGAGCUGCAAAGAAAAGGUGGACCCACCAGGCUAACACUGCCAUCCAAAUCUACUGAUGCUGACUUGGCCCGAUUACUUAGCUCAGGAUCAUUUGGAAACUUGGAAAAUCUCAGCCUGGCCUUCACUAAUGUCACAAGUAUAUGUGCAGAACAGCUUAUUAAGUUACCUUCACUUAAGCAGCUAAACCUAUGGUCAACUCAGUUUGGAGAUGCUGGCCUACGGCUUCUGUCAGAGCAUCUAACAUCACUACAAGUUCUUAACCUGUGCGAAACCCCUGUCACAGAUGCUGGAUUGUUGGCACUCAGCUCUAUGAAGAGUCUCUGUAGUUUAAAUAUGAACAGUACUAAACUUUCAGCAGACACCUAUGAAGACUUAAAGGCAAAGUUGCCAAAUCUUAAGGAAGUGGAUGUUCGUUAUACUGAGGCAUGGUGAACUCCUUUUCUCCAUCAGACCAAAAAGAAAAAUCGAAAACGUAAUCUUUUACAUAGAAACAAAACAUCGUUGUGGACUAGUACUGUAAGAACAGUGAUUUCUGGAGAUUGCAAGAUCCAGCAAGGGGUUGGUUUCAGGACUUGAGUCAUUUUGACAGACAAGCCAGACCCCUUCUUGGCAUUAACUCUGCUUCACGGUUUAAGGAGAGAAAAAAUAUUUUCCAAAUGACACUUUGUAGCAACAAAAGGACUGCAGGUUGGGGUGGAUGGGCUAGGGAAUAAAACUUCUGUGAAUUUUAUUUGCCUUUGUGUUUAUGCUGUGUGAAAAACAAAAAUCAAAGACUAUAUGUGACAUUCUCUUGUUUUAAUUUGGUCUGAAUGGGUUGAGCCAUUCACAAGCUUCUAUUUUCCUCUUUUGCUGGAAAAAUAUUUGCUGUCAAGAGAAGGCUAAAAGGUCACUUUCAGCACCCAGUGUACUAGCUCUUGUUAUGCAAAGUAAAUUUUUGUACAUAUGAUAUAUAGAUAUAUAUAUAUAUAAAUAUAUAAAAACACUCUUAUUUAAAAAAAUUGCUCACAAUUGUCAGGUCUGGGACCUGUCUCUUAUUUAUGAAUUGUUCUACCCUUUUAUUGAGUAUUGUAGUAUAUACAGUAGCUGCAUUGUUCACUGUGUGGGUCUUUUAUCAAAGUAUAAGAAUGAAAAUGAUAGCACAGGAAUCAGGUAGCUUACCAAAAGUACUCCUCUGAAAAUCCAUAUCUGCCCAAAUGUGUGUUCACAAAUGUGCCAUGUUUUAAUUGUCAUCACAGAAAGUAAACAAGGGAACAUGGUAGUGACAGUUGUGAACAACAAAGAGAAUUUGUAUGACUUCAUUCCGUAAAAAAAACAAUUCUCGGUUUCUUAGUUUAUGCUCGUGAAAUUUCAUUAUUUACUGUCUGUUGGAGAGGCUUCAUAAAUAGAUUUGUAAAUUUUGUCUCUUGUUUAAUGUCUUUUAAUUGUUUGCUCUUUUAUGUGCAUAGCUUCUUCAUGCAUGUACCUCAUGCAUGAUGGUGCCCAUGGGAGAAGAAAACAAAUUGUUUAACCCUCUUGCGCUACUGUGCGCAGCCUUACUGUAAAUGUGACCACUACCAUAACCCCCCAUUAACUGCUGGAUGAAAAUUGAAUAAUAUGCUUUCAUUAUAAAUUUUGUGCUGCUUUUUUCAGGAGCCUUUACUGUACAGAGAAGUUGUCAUUUUCUGUUUAAGCACAGUUACUGUAGUCUUUUGGCACCUCAGUUAACAGAGACUACCAUUUUUUUUGUGUUUGUAUAUUUAACUUUGUUCAACGGUGGCCAAGCCUUUGUUGUUUUAUACCAUGUUGCUAGAUGGACUUUAUUCCCCUUGUAAGAUUUUUUUUAAUGGAUGGUUAUGUCUUAAUUCUGUUAGCGUGCCAGAAAUUCUGCAUCAUAUCUCAGGCUGCACUGUGAUGCAGUUGUGAGAAAUUUUUAUUUUAUUCUACCUUUUUUGUGGAAAAAUUAAAAAUGCCAUUUUUCUCAUAGCACUGUUGCUUUUAUUGAUUGUUUACUACUACUACUGUUCAUUAGCUGUUGUAUAAAGAGAUGUCAAAUAAUUUCAGGCAAAAUAAACAGUAAGUGAAUAUCUUUCA